AUGAGAGCCAAGUCUCCAACAAAGUCCCCAAAGAUGAUUGCAAAGUCUCAAAAGAUGGGAGCAAAGUCUCCAAUGAGAUCAAGAAGGAGAUCCAGGUCUCCAAGGAGAUCCAGGACUCCAAUGAGAUCCAAAUCUCCAAAGAUGAGAGCCAAGUCUCCAAAGAUGGGAACAAAGUCUCCAAUGAGAUCAAGAUCUCCACGGAGAUCCAAAUCUCCAAUGAGAUCCGAAUCUCCAAAGAUGAGAGCCAAGUCUCCAAAGAUGGGAACAAAGUCUCCAAUGAGAUCCAAAUCUCCAAUGAGAUCUUCAGUGAGACUUCGGAAUUUAAUGUCUCAGCUCAAAUCUUCAAGGAGAUCAAGAUAUCCAAUGGGAUCCAAAUCUCCAAAGAGAAGAGUCAUGACUCCAAAGAGUAGAGCAAAGUCUCCAAGAAGAACCAAAUCUUCAAUGAGAUCCAGGUCUACAAGGAGAUUCAGGUCUCCAAGGAGAAGAGUCGUGACUCCAAAGACAAGAGCAAAGUCUCCAAGGAGAUCCGAAUCUCCAAUGAGAUCAAGAUCUCCAAGGAGAUCCAAAUCUCCAAAGAUGAGAGCAAAGUCUCCAAUGAGAUCCAGAUCUCCACGGAGAUCCAGCUCAAAUCUCCAAUGA